AUGGCCAGUUUCGACAAGCCAAUUGGGGAAUACCCUGUUCAUGGCUUGAUGCCAAAGCAAGAUACUCAAGCAGCAGCUUUCCUAAAAAAGUUUCCAGAGUACGACGGUAGAGGAACUGUUGUCGCCAUUCUUGACACAGGUGUCGAUCCUGGCGCUGCUGGAAUGCAGGUUACCACAGACGGGAAACCCAAAGUCAUCGAUAUGGUUGACUGCACAGGAGGAGGCGAUGUUGACACGACCAUGGUUGUUAAACCUACCGAAGAGAAUGGUCUCAAAGUGAUUCAAGGUUUGAGCGGCAGAAAAUUGACAUUGGAUCCCUCUUGGAAAUGCCCCUCAGGCGCGUACAGAGUCGGUCUCAAACGUGCGUAUGAAUUGUUUCCUUCUGAGCUUAUCCGACGACUAAAAUCGGAACGCAAAGAGCAAUUCGAAUUAAAGCACGCUCAACUUCUCAACGAAGCCCAACAAAAGAUCACGGAAUUCCAAAAGGAGCAUCCUAACGUUGGUGCAGACGAAUCCUUAGCAGCAACCCAAGCUGAUCUCGAGGCUCGCGUCGAAAGCUUGAAAGAAUUAAUCAAAUCGUACGAUGAUCCAGGUGUCAUCCUGGAUUGUGUGGUUUUCUUUGACGGUCAGGAUUGGCGCGCAGUGAUCGAUGUAAACGAAUCUGGCGAUCUUAGAGGCCAGCCAUGCUUGACGGACUACCGAAAGGAACUAAAGUACCAUACGUUCGGAAAGGCAGACCUGCUCAACUUUUCUGUCAACAUUUACGAAGACGGAAAUCUGCUUAGUAUCGUCACACUCGCAGGUAGCCACGGCACGCAUGUUGCCGGUAUUACUGCUGCUAAUUUUCCUGAGGACCCAGCAUUGAAUGGCGUUGCUCCCGGUGCACAAAUUGUUUCGUUGCGCAUUGGUGACGCUCGACUUGGCUCCAUGGAAACUGGUCCUGGCUUGACACGUGCCGCCGCACAUAUGGCCAUUAACAAGGUCGACCUUGCAAACAUGUCAUAUGGUGAAUCGAGCGGCCUCCCGAACGACGGUCACUUUAUCCGCCUUCUAGCUGAAGAGGCCAUUUCCAAAUCUGGAUGUAUCUUUGUUACAAGUGCUGGCAAUGACGGUCCUUGCUUUAGCUCUAUUGGUGCUCCUGCUGGCAUGUCUGCUAGCUUCAUUACUGUCGGUGCAUUCGUCAAGCAUGCGCAAAUGCAAGCAGAGUAUGCUUUACUGGAAUCUGUCGGAGAAAAGCCCUACACUUGGUCGUCGCGCGGUCCGUGCACGGAUGGUUAUCAGGGCGUAGAUAUCUAUGCUCCAGGAAGUGCAAUUACAAGUGUUCCAGUGUACGGAUUGAAUCGUCUCGAUCUGAAGAAUGGCACCAGUAUGUCCAGUCCUAAUGCCUGUGGCUGUGUCGCGUUGCUUGUUUCCGGUUUGAAGGCUAAAAAUCAGAGCCAUACGCCUUAUCGUUUGAAAACUGCUAUUGUACAAACUGGCAAGUCCGUGAAUGACCCACUCAAUGUUGGAUUUAUUCAAGUGGAUAAGGCAUGGGAGUAUCUUGAGACUUACGAGCACUGCAAGGACCUUGACAUUAUGUUUAAGGUGGGCGUGUUAAAGAGAGGAAACCAGCGUGGCAUCUAUCUUCGCGAGCGAGACGAAACCAGCCAAGUCCAGUAUCUCGCAGUAAAAGUACGUCCAACUUUUAUGGGUGAGACAGAUCCCGAGAAUCCCAAGUAUAACUGGGCCAAGUUUGAGUAUGACGCACGCAUUGCUUUGGUGGCUAGCGAGUCCUGGAUUGGAGUACCAGAUUACUUGUAUCUUUCUUCAGGAGGUAAUGCGUUCCAGGUCAAGGUUGAUCCAACCUCCUUGAGCGAAAGCGAAUUCCAUUACGGUGAAAUCCUCGGCUAUGAUACCGCUGCACCCGAACGGGGACCACUCUUUAAGGUUCCUGUAUCCGUUGUCAAGCCUACCGUGCCUGGCAAAGGCUCUUUGGAGUAUCGAAACGUUGAGUUCGGACCAGGUGAUAUCAUGCGCCGCUUCGUGCAAGUUCCAGAGGGCGCAACCUAUGCAAAGCUGACACUUCGAGCCAAGACGAAUGUCGAUACAUGCCCGGCUCGAUUCAUGCUACAUUUGCUUCAGCUUGUUCCAAAAAAGAACCAAAAGGACAAGCAAACAUACACGUUUCUCCUUGGAUCAGGAUCUUUUGGCGACUCUAGCUCCGAAGAUCAAGUCAUUACAGUUCGAUUUGCAGUCCGUGGCGGCUUGAACAUGGAGUUCUGUCUUGCACAGUUCUGGUCUGGUCUCGGCAAGCAUUUUGUUGACCUUGAGAUUGAGUUUCAUGGUGUACGUCUUGCCGGAAACCUUGCUGACGGGCAGGGUGUACUCCACUUGGAACCUCAAGUUACACGGUUAGAUAUUGUUGCCGGUGUCCGCAAGGAGAACAAAGUCGAUAUCAGCACGAGUUUUAAUAAGCUGCGUAAAUACCUUAGACCAACAGAUGCUACCAUUGCACCACUCCACGCAGACCGCAACACAUUACCAGACACACGGGUUAUGUACGCCCUUGUACUGUCUUACACAUUCAAAAUUGAUAACGGCACUUCAAUCACUCCUCGAUUCCCCACGGUCAUGAACCAGUUAUAUGAACAUUUCCUUGCUGGUGUCUUUGGCAUUGUAUAUGAUGCCAACCGCAAGGUAGUGGGCUAUCUCGACGUGUUCGAUCAUACCUUCAAACUAGAUACAAAGGGCGAAUACACUAUCAUGUUGCAGCUGACGACCGAGGAUGAAGGCGCUCUGGAGAAGCUCAAGAGUACUAUUUGCGAAUUAGAUAUGAAUAUCAAGAAUGUCAGUUUCAGCACAUACGGAAACAUCAAGGAUGUCUACUCUGGCGGAUCGAUCUCCAAACUACAACUGGAGAAGCAUGAUCCAAAGGUUUGCUACAUUGCGCCGCCUCUCAAAGACCAACAAUGGGUUCCCAAAGAAGCAAAGCCAGGCGAUGCGCUGGUGGGCAAACUGGCCUUUACAAGUAACAAAGUUGAUGGAGGACAGUACCAGGUAAUCUAUGUGAUCCCUCCAGAACCAAAGUCAAGCUCCGGAUCGUCGAAGGAAUCAAGCAAAGAUAAAAAGACCCUUGAAGACGACAAGAUCAAGAGCCAAAUGGCUGAUGCAGUGCGCGACCUUCAAAUAUCGUAUCUUGACAAGUUUGGUGAAAAUUCCACAGUGCAGCAGGCGCUACUGGCCAAGUUGGAGCAAGAUUAUCCCAAUGACAUUACACUCCUCAACUACAAGAUCGAUGCUAUCUGGAAGACGGCCGGCGGUGUUGUUGAAAGUCUUUUGGCAUCGUCGUCUGAUAGCGACAAGAAGCUCUCCAAAGAGAAGGCUACAGAGAUUGUGGGUCACUGCGACAAGAUCCUUCAGCAAAUUGACCAAGCUCCACUACUCGAAUUCUUUGGCCGCUAUCAGAACAAACAACAGUCAGAUGAGUCUGAAGACGUUAAAGAGCAGCGCAAAGAUAUCGACAAGAAGGCCCAACAGGUUGCAUCCGCAUACAAAAAUAAGACCCUGGCACACGCAUGCACCCUGACAAGGGAAGAGCCCCAAGAAUUCGAAGCAAAUUUGAAGGCAUGGAAGCAAUGGGGACAAGACGAGGGAACUCUUGUGUCCACUUUGGUCAAGGUCAAGCGUGACCAUAUCGCUGGCCAUUACGGUACCGCAUUGAAGGCAGUAGAGAAAUACUUGUCAGACCUGAGCAUCAAGCCUGAUACUGUCUCUGAUAUACAAAAAGCAUGGGCCAUUCGACGCGACAUCUACAGUGAUUUGGGUUGGGACUUAUGGCACAAGUACGAUACAAAGUGGUCAUUGAUCCGUCGACCACCUGGUGGACUCGCACGGUUCUAA